AUGGAUUUAAUCAACUGUUAAAACCCAAACCAUGAUUCACAGAAAAACAAAUAUAUUUGUGUAGAUCCAAUUUGUUAGGCUUAACAAAAGAUUGGUAUUUUACUUAAUGUGACAAGGUUGUGCUGAUUGUUUUUUGGAAGAUCAUGUUACUCAUUAAAGGAAGACUGUUGAAUAAUUUCAUGAUUAAGUGAAGCAAAAGUUGGAUUCAUUUGAUUAAAUCGAAUUCUAACCAAUCGCAAAUGAAGUUUAAUAGGAUUUGGAGAAGCAAAUUGAGAAAGAAUUAGAGAAUUGUCUUUCUUGUAUAUAAUAUAGAUUUACAAGCAUUAAAAGUGAUUUGAAGAGCAUGUUGGAUGGUGAGAAUGAUAAAUUAUUGGAAAGCUAUAAUGCUUUGCAAGAAAAUAAAAACCACGAGUUGGAUUCAUUGAAAAAUGUGAAUGAGGUGCAUUCAAUAAGUCAGGAGGAAUUGAAUGAUUUGGUAAAGUUCUAUUAAGAGGCUCCGAAGAUCUAGAAGAAUUAUAUAAAGGCUUCUGAGAUAUUUCAGGAUGAGAAAUAAAAGAUUAAAUUAAAAAAAUAGAAAUACUUAUGUAAAUUACGUGCAAUCAUGCAAGGACUCAUGAAAGAUUUCAAUGAUUUGAUGACAACUAAGAAUUUGCAGUACGAUGACUUCAGUGAGUUUGAGACACCUCAGAAGUCAUCCAUGUCUCCUAAUAAAAUGAGCAGUUUUGUCGAAAGCACAAGAUCUUCGAGGAGAUUUUAUAUGAAUUAAUCAAAGAAGCUAUUGUUUGGAAGAAAAAAUGAAUGA